GUUUCCUGCACACGUGUCUCGUACAGCCCAGCGCUUUCCCCGAUGUCGUCUGUGGAAGAGUUAAUAGAGGCUGUCCGUCGCGAGAGUGUGCUCUAUGACACCGGGCAUCCCGACUAUGCAAAAGGCAGUUUAAAGGAUGAGCUAUGGGCUCAGAUUGCUGGCGCUCUACAGUACAAGGACGGCGCAGCUGCGAAAGACAUAUGGCUGAAAAUACGCAACUGUCACCGUGAUGCCCUCAGGAGGCAGAAGAAACUGAAAGGCAGAACUGGCUCGCGUGCUGCUGCCAUCAAGCCAUGGAAGUAUCAACAACAAAUGGAGUUUUUGAUACCAUACAUGGCCAUUAGCACAAAUGUCAGUGACGCUGACAGUGAUGCUCUAGGAAUAACCGAAGGUGAUAACAGGUCAGAGGAAGAUUCCACUGCCAUCCCAUGUGAAUAUCUGUUUCCUUCCAUCGUGCAUGAUGUCGAAGGGCAUGAUGACGAUGACAGUAUUAGCAGCAUUGAUAUUUCAGCUCCUUCACAGGAAAUGAAGAAAAGGAAAGUUGUUGACAUUCGUAAGGAGAGAACAGAUAUUAGUGCUUUGUUCAAGCAAUCUUUGGAAAACAGUGAAAAGAGAUCCCGAGAGAAUAUGCUCGAAGGGAAAGAGGUGCACGGACACAUGAAUGAAGGAGAUCCGCUGUACUAUUUCUUCAUGAGCAUGUACACAACGACAGCCAAAAUGCCGCCUGCGUCACAACACAUGAUCAAGCGAGAAGUCUUCCGCAUAGUUUCUGAUGCAGAGGAGGCUUUGUUAACUAUGCCACUUUAUCCCACUGACCAUUCCUCUCCGCUCUAGACUACUUUGGCUGUAAAUGCUGAAAUGCCUCUUCUACAGUUUUUUAGAUAACUGAAAUGUCUCUCCUACAUUCAUUGUAGUCAUCCAUUUCACUGAUUUCCAAUACUAUCAUUAGAUGACAAAUAUUAUUACAUUUUGUGUAUUUGAUUAUUCUCCUUUUCUAAAACUCAUGAUGUUCACUCAGAAGUCCUUCCCUAAUUAUUUUGUAUUUGCCUUUCAGGAUUUAAGUGUCAAAACAGUUCAAAUAUACAAGUCUGCUCUGUUGAAGUAUUCAGUAGAUUUAUUAUAUAAAAUACUUGAAGAAACUCAAAUGUAUCUUUAGCAGUAGUUUUCAUUUGGUUGAGGUAGGGCAUUCGUUCUUUGUACAAGUUUGUUCUCUUUAAUUGUUUACUCUUAUGGAUUAAAGUUAAAAAAAAAGCUUUAAUUAAUGACAUCAAUUGUUCAGACCUUGUGUAUACAUAUAUUUAUCAGUGCAUUUUUAUGGCAUGAGGUUCAGUCUCAAGGACUAUUUUACUUACGUUCAUAUUCGUUACAAUAAAGGUAUAAUAAGAAAGUCAAAAUUCUUAGUUUAUACAGUGUGUAUGACAACCAAGCUAGUUUUAAUCUCCAUUUGUCAUUAUCAAAAAUUUAUUUUUAAUUACUCUAGUUUACAUUCAGAUAGCAGCAUAUGGAAAAGUAUACUUUAUUAUAAAAAUAAAAUUGAAAGUUGAAUCAACAGUUUUCAGCGUUGAUAGGUCCUAUAUUAUAUGGCAUUACUAGCCUGUGCUACAUCUGUGUUAAAGUGUAUUUAAAUUGUGAUAUG